GGAGAGGGAGGGGACAGCAUUCUGCUUUGACUCUAACUAGAUGGUUUUUGCGCGGCGAGUUACCUUGUUAAUAAGUUUGCAGAGAUGGAUGAUCCAGUGACCCCGGUAGAGUCUGCCACCACUCCUGUUGUCAUGGCGACCCCCACAUUGGUGGCUGGCGAAAUUCAAGAUGGUGCCAAGCCUCAGGCAGCCAGUAAGAAUGGAAAGAAGUCCGACUCCGGGUCCAGCAGCAGCGGCAGCUUCUUCACCUGGUUCAUUGUCCUGGCCUUGCUUGGUGUCUGGACAUCUGUUGCUGUGGUCUACUUUGACAUGGUUGACUAUCAGGGAGUUAUCGGUAAACUGGCGGCAUAUGACGCUGAUGGUGACGGGGAUUUUGAUGUGGAAGAUGCUAAACUUCUUCUUGGACUACAACAGAAGGCAGUUGUUGCUACCCAUGAAGAGACUGCUGCACCACAAGAGGCCACUGAGCCCAAGCCUACACCAGAAGACGUGUUUGAGCCAGACGCUGUGCCCGUGGAAGAAAUAACUGAAGCUGUCACAGUGGAGACUUUUUCGCCGCUAUCAGAAUCUCAACCUCAGGUUGCACCCGAGGUGUCUGCAUCCAUGUCUGAACCAGAACCUGAGGCUGAAGAAGAGCCCGAGGAAAGUCCUGAGGUUUUUGAGGAGGAACCUGAAGUCCUUGAGGAUGUUAUGGAGGAUGAUGUCAAUGAGGAGGAGGCUUCACCUUCUGAGAAGAUGAAUAAUCUGGAUAUUGAAAAGGAAGCAGUGGAAGAUGUUCUGGAUAGGGUGCAGACAUCAAUAGAGGAGACAUUUGCACCAUCAGAAGAUUCUCCUGAGAUGCAUGAGGAAGAUGAGUCUGUUUCUUCACAAGAAGUGGUGAAAGAAGUAGCAGAAGCUGAGGGAGAGAAGACAGAAGCAAAUGCUGUUGAGGAGACUCCUGAAGAAGAGGAGGCAGCACCUUCAGAAGGGGCUGUUGAGGAGACUCCUGAAGAUGAUGAGGAUGAUGAUGCACCUUCACAGUUAGUUGAAGAGGACCAUGCUGAAGAUGAUAUACUACAUUCAGAAAGGUAUGGUGAGGAACCUGCUGAAGAAGAUGAAAUGCCUUCAGAAAGGGAUGGUGAAGAGACUCCUGAAGAUGAUGAUGCAGUACCUUCAGAAUUAGUUGAAGAGAACCAUGCUGAAGAAGAUGAAAUAUAUUUAGAAAGGGAUGGUGAGGAGCCUGCUGAAGACAACAAUGCAGCGCGUACAGAAGACGUUGAAGAGGAGCCUGCUGAAGAAAAUGAAGUACAUUCAGAAGUAUAUGUUGAGGAGCCUGCUGAAGAAGAUGAGCCAGUACCUUCAGAAGGAGCUGAAGAGGAGCCUUCUGAGGAUGUGGCUGAGGAGUCAAGCGCAGAAGAGAGAGUUAUAGAAGGACUUCCUCCAGUAGAACUUCAUAAGGAGCUAGCUAACGAUGACUCUAUGGAGGAGGUUGCAGACACAGAGGCUACUGUGGAAGCUUUUGUGGAAAAAACAUUAUCAGAGAGAAUGGGAGAUGAUGCAGAAGCAGAAACGUAGAACCUGCUGUGGUUGUGGCGGUGACAGAGUUGGAGACCCUGUGAAGCUGUGUCGGCACCCAAACGAUGCACCUCCGCUUUCUGAGAAAUGAUUUGGUCAUUGUGACAACACGCCCCCUUGUAUCUCUUUUUUUCUGAACAAACAGCCUCCUUUCAAAUUUCCUUUUAGUAUAAAUGUGACACACGGAAUGUGUUUACUUGUCAGGUGUUUGUUUAUGUUUUCUCGGAGGCUUUGAUCGUUUUUUUUUUUUUUGUCGUACAGAGUCAUUUCAGUUUUUGUUGUAUGUUUUUUGUAUCUUAGAGCUGUCCUCUUACAGUCACUGUACCAGAAGCUGGCCUCCAAAAGAGCCGAGAAAUAAUCAUAUGGUUUGGAUUUUUUUUUUCCGUUGAUGAAGUUUCUCAUCUAUUGCCAGCUGGAACUGCAGGUUUGCUGUAACGCUGACAGACGGCAGACUGUCCUCCAGGCAGAGGUCACCGUGUGUGUGCGCAUCAUUAU